CCUACACAGACUUCUUCCUGCCACUGCUGAGUCGCUGUCCCUCUGCCAUGGGAAUAAAGAACAAGGAUGGGGAGACCCCGGGGCAAAUUCUAGGUUGGGGACCUCCCUGGGAUUCUGCUGAAGAGGAGGAAGAAGAUGAGGCUUCCAAGGAGCAGGAAUGGAGGCAGAAGCUGCAAGGCGAGCUGGAGGACGAGUGGCAGGAGGUCAUUGGGAGAUUUGAAGAUGACGCUUCCCGUGAGGCCCAGGAACCUGAAUCCUUCUCAGCCUGGUCAGAGCGCUUGGCCCGGGAACAUGCCCAGAAGCACCAGCAGCAGCAGCGGGAAGCAGAGAGAUCCGGCAGACCCUCACGGGCUGAGGGCUCCAGUCACAACUGGCGACAGCAGGAGGAAGAGCAGCGGCUCUUCCAAGAGCGAUCCCAGGCCAAAGAGGAAGAACUGCAUGAAAGCCGAUCCAGGAGGGCCCAGGAGGCUCAAGGGGACCAAGGGCCAGAGCCAGCCAGGGCUGGGCCUAGGGCAGAGCACCCCAGAGGGGCUGGAAGGGGCAGCCUCUGGCGCUUUGGUGAUGUGCCCUGGCCCUGCCCUGGGGGAGGAGACCCAGAGGCCAUGGCUGCAGCCCUUGUGGCCAGGGGCCCUCCCUUGGAGGAACAGGGUGCUCUGAGGAGGUACUUGAGGGUCCAGCAGGUCCGCUGGCACCCUGACCGCUUCCUGCAGCGAUUUCGAAGCCAGAUUGAGACCUGGGAGCUGGGCCGUGUAAUGGGAGCUGUGACAGCCCUUUCUCAGGCCCUGAAUCGCCAUGCAGAGGCCCUCAAGUGACCCUAGGGAAAGAGCGAGAAACUGGGAUGCAGCCUCAGGGGCAGGUAGAAGGAAGGGUGAGGACAGGUGGAGAUAACGAGGAAGAGUCAGAUGCUGCAUGGCAGAGGAUGUGGGGUGGGAGCAGAACUUGUAACGAGCAGGGUUGGCGGGAUAAGGGCCACCAACAUUGCUCCUUGAUUCUGCCAUUUCCUAAUAAGACCUGGUUCCACAUUUCA